GCAUGGUUGAAGGUGCAUGAAUUUAUUGUAUUCACCCAGCAUCACAUAACCUCAAAAGAUACGGUCCGAGUGCUGUUAACUAUAAAUCGAACUGGAUAAUGUGAAAUAUGUCACCGGUACAUAGUAUUUCACGCGAUUCCAGCGGUGAUUCGGAGGUAGAGUUGGAAAAUCAUGAUUUUCCAGGCUCAGAGUCUGAUAGUGGGUCGGCUUCCUCGGGAUCGAGUCGGAGUGCAAGUCCUGCUUCAAUCGCAGCUGCACCAGCUUCAAGGAGUGUGCGUACAGACGAUGAGCACGAUGAGAACAUUGAGAACGAUGGUCCUCGAUCACCGAUGUCCACUGGUAGUCGAUCCAGAUCUGGCAGUCGGUCCGUUGGGGAAAACAGGUCCAUUGUUAGUCCUAGGUCUCGGAGAUCUCCCAGUGGAUCUCCGGCUAGGUCUGGGUCGAGACAUUCUACUCCAGAUUCGCCAAGAAGCAAUAAGUCUGGUUCUCAACGGUCCAGGAGCGGUUCUCCUGAAUCGGCUCGCUCCGUGAGUGCUGGAUCACAGAAAUCGGUUCGUUCGCGUUCUGGUUCUCCACAGGGAAGCGUGAGAUCUGGAAGUGUCAAAUCUCAAGGACGGGAAUCGAGAAGCCCUGCAUCUCCAAAAAGUGGACGAUCGGACAGCCGGGCCUCUCCGUCCGGUCGAAAGUCUGCUUCUCCAGGUUCCCCAAGAAGCGGCAGAUCUCGUGGUGGAUCUCCAGACAGUGUAAGAUCAGACGGCGCAUCUAGAAGAAGCGAUCGAUCCAGGUCUGGCACUCCGGCAAGUCCAAAGACCGACGGAAGUCCUAGAUCCAGAAAAUCGCAGAGUCCCAAAGACGAAGGCAGUGAUGCCGAAUCCGAGAGGUCCGUCAAGACUAAUGGUGAAAACCGGAGUAAAAAAUCAGAAGAAAGCGACGAAGAAGACGGCGAGGCGAAACGCAAACAUGGGAGUUCAGACUCUGGUUCGGAGACAGAGAAAAUAUCAAAACGAAGGAAGGUGGCUUUGGCAUCCGACUCUGAAGAAGAAGAGGAAGGAAAAACCAAUGCCCCGGAGCCAACUGCAGACGCACUCUUCGGAGAUGCCAGUGAUAUAAGUACUGACGACGAGAAAGAGAAACCCGAAGCAGUAGUAGAGACUAGGAAGAGCCGAAGCAGGAGCAAGAGUCGCAGUAGAAGUCGUAGUAGGAGUCGAAGUCGCAGUAGAAGUGGAAGCCGCAGUGGCGGAGGCAGAUCUGACAGCGGAGGCGAAGGCCCCAGCAGACAACCAGUCAUCGAAGAGGACGAGGAGAAGGAAAAAGAAGAGGAGCCGGAACCUCCACCCGAAACCAGGAUCGAUGUGGAGAUCCCGAAGAUCACGACAGAUCUCGGUCGCGAGAUCCACUUCGUGAAGCUACCGAAUUUCUUAUCCGUAGAAACGAGGCCCUUCGAUCACGAGACGUACGAAGAUGAGAUCGACGAGGAGGAGACCCUGGACGAGGAGGGGCGAGCGCGAUUGAAGUUGAAAGUGGAGAACACGAUCAGAUGGAAGGAUGUGUUCUCCGACGAAGGGAAAGUGGUGAAGGAAAGCAACGCCAGGUUUGUCAGGUGGUCCGAUGGGAGUAUGUCCCUGCACCUGGGGUCGGAGAUCUUCAACGUGUACAAACAGCCUCUCCAGGGGGACCACAAUCAUCUGUACAUCCGCCAAGGUACCGGUCUUCAGGGUCAGGCGGUCUUCCGCACUAAGCUGACGUUCAGGCCGCACUCGACCGAGUCCUUCACGCACAGGAAGAUGACGAUGUCGCUGGCGGACAGAUCGCAGAAGGCCUCUGGCAUCAAGGUCCUCUCGCAGGUCGGAAUGAACCCCGACCAGAACAGAUACGAGAUGAUAAAGAAAGAGGAGGAGAAGCUGCGAAUGGCGAUGCGCGUCCAGAGCAAGCCGAAGAAGGCCAGCGGGAGCGGAAGAGGUUCCGGGAGAGCAUCCGGUGGAUACAGCGGAGACGCCUAUCACGACGACGGCUCCGACGACGAGGGCGCGAUUUCCCUGGCCGCCAUCAAGAACAAAUACAAGAAGGGCGGCUCCGCGGUCACCGCAAAGGCCGCGUCCAAUAUUUACUCUUCCGACGAAGAGGGCUCCGACUUCGAGACGACCAGGCCAAAGAAGAACGCGAAGGGGAAGGUCCUCAAGGACUCCGACGAAGACUCCAACACGAAUUCGGAGAGCGCCUCCGAGGCCGGAAGCAGCGCGGCGAACUCGGCGGAAGCGCCGGCCGAUUUAACGGACUUCGAAAGGAACUGAAGCACCUUAGGAAAUGUUCCACGAUCGCGACCAAACUGUGGGUCAUCGUAAAAGUAAUGACGCAUUUUCGUAACACAUGGCAUAUGAAGAAAUGCGUCAAGACUUUUCCGACAACCCAAUUCUACCCGAGACAAAUUUUUAACUUCUCGACCGUUCCGCUCUUUUCUUUCCAUUCGUGUACUUAGCGUAAUUAGGCACGCUCGCGCAUGGUGCAUCUUAUAUACAAAGUGUAACGGUAAAUAAAAAUAUUUAGACUA